AUGCGCGCGCGCACGUCCACCUCGCUCGGCGUCGACGCCGACGUCGCCCGCGUCGUCCGCACCGCGCACCGCGCGUCCAUCGCUCGCAGACGCGCGUUGAGAACGCCCGGGGCGAUCGCGAGCGCAUCUAAUAACAAUCGUCGCGAGAGAUCAGAAGACGCGCCCGCGACGGCGAGAACACCGAACGGCGGCGGUGCGCGAUCGUUCGUCGGCGCGUCAUUUUAUGAGGAUCCGUACGACACCCGGGGCGGCGGCGCGGCUCGAGGGAUGGCGACGGCGAGGGAGCUCGCGAGCGCGAGACGCGGGUUAUCCGGACCGAUGUCGCGCGCGGCGCGGAGAGCGAAGGGCGCGAUGCGACCGGCGGACGGCGCGAGGAAGAGAAAUCGAGCGGAAGAGGCGAUCGAUCGUCGACGCGCGUUGGAACGCGAGAUGCGGGGCCAGUUGCUGGAGACGGAGGUGAAACGCGAGGUGGAGUCGCUCGUGAAGCAGCGGGCAAAAAAAGCGUUGGAGUGCGAACGGGUCGAUUUGCGCGAUGGGAGUGUUUUGUUCAAAUUUAAGGUUUCGCCAGUCGCUGAGACGGUGACUGUCGAGGAGACGGAGAGAGUGACGAUGGAAGUCGAGCGUCGACUGUGGGGCGAUACUCGGACGAAUGAAAACGUCGUUGUUCGCUGGAUGAUGACGGUUCGCUACCUCGCGAGCACGCUCGGUGCCGAAAACGCCGUGAUGUACGUCGCGUCCACGCCCUUCAGAAUCACGUUUUGGACUCUCGCGUACGCCCUGCGCUCCAUCUUUUGGAUCGUCACCGGUCGCGGCUCGGUGCGCCCGAGCGGACGUGCGAAGCGCCAGCUCAAGCAAAUCAACACCAUCGUCGCCACCGGUCCCGACCGCGGGUUCAACCCGUUCGGAAGCGCGCCGCGAGGACUGAACAACCGCGACUGGCGCGCCGCGUGA